UAUAUUUUUCAGGUACCUCAGCUAACAUUUGUAUCGGCAAUGUUCCUAUUUAUAGUAGUUGGAAAUGUUUGUGUUCUAGCUGCUAUACAGCUGUCUAAAAAUGGCAGAAAAACCAGAAUGAACUUCUUCAUAAUGCAUCUUGCGCUGGCAGAUUUAUUGGUUGGAGUGAUCUGUGUUAUGACUGAUCUAUUGAGUAAAAUAACAAUAGAAUGGCAUGCUGGAAACGCCAUGUGUAAGAUUUUACAGUAUCUUCAGGCAACUGUGACCUACCUGUCAACAUUUGUAUUGGUUUCAUUAAGCAUAGAUAGAUACGAUGCUGUAGCCAGACCUAUGAACUUCUCCAGAAGUGCAUAUCAAGCUAGAUUGUUGAUUACGUUUGCUUGGCUGUCUGCCCUAAUGUUUGCUUUACCAGCGCCGUUUUUAUAUCACGAAGAGGAACAGCAAGGAAAGAUACAAUGUUGGAUGGACUUUCCUGAAUAUUGGCAUUGGCAGUUGUUCUUUACCCUUGUGUCAGUGGUAACGUUUAUAUUACCCGCUAUCAUCAUAUCUGGUUGUUAUAUAGCCAUCAUAUCCAUUAUCUGGAGCAAAGGACAGUCGAGAAGAGAUGGAAUGGAUGAAACCCACAACUUGCCCAGAAUAGGUUAUGGAUCACGAGAACACAUGGUAUGUAGAAGAACUAAUUCAAAUCGUGGCAUUAUACCUCAAGCUAAAAUAAGAACCAUUAAAAUGACUUUAAUAAUAGUUAUAGUAUUCAUCUUGUGCUGGAGUCCAUUUUUCAUCUAUAACAUACUGGAACUGUAUGAGACUAUUCCCAUCAACGACCCUUUGUCAACCUUCAUCCAGAGUGCUGCUCCACUCAACUCAGCGGCUAAUCCUAUUAUAUAUGGUAUUUUCAGUACUAGAAUAUGUGUUAAUUUAAGGUAG